AUGCUCCUCAUCGGCCUCACGGGCUCAAUUGCCACAGGCAAGUCGACCGUAUCGUCGCUGCUGGGCGCGCCGCCGUACGGCUUGCCCGUGAUCGACGCCGACAAGCUUGCUCGGCAGGUGGUCGAGCCGGGCACGCCGGCGUACAAGAAGAUUGUGGCGCACUUUGGAGCGACGACUCCCGACCUCUUACAAAACGGGCCUGGGUCGGGUCUGAACCGUGCGGCGCUGGGCCGCCGCGUGUUUGGCGACAGCCCGGAACGCAAGGCCGAUCGCGGCGUGCUCAACAGCAUUGUGCACCCGGCGGUGCGGGGCGCCAUGUACCGCGCCCUCGCAGCAGCGUACGUCAAGGGCCACUGGGCGGUGGUGCUGGACAUUCCGCUGCUGUUUGAGAGCAAGCUGGACGUGCUGUGCGGGACGGUGCUGGUGGUGGCGGUGCGGGACCCGGAGAUCCAAAUGGCGCGGUUGCGGGCGCGCGAUCCGCACCUGACGGCCGAGGAUGCGGCGAACCGCGUGCGCAGCCAGGGGGACGUGCGCGACAAGGCGCGGCGGGCGGAGGCGCGGAAUGCGCGGGAUGCGCGGGAUGCGCGGAGUGCCGCCGGGGCCAAGACGCUCGGGGUGGUGCUUUGGAACGACGGCGACAAGGCCGAGCUGGCGGCCCAGGUGGAGGCGGCCAUGGCACAGAUCAAGGCGGCAAGCCCGGCAUGGUGGCACAAUGUGCUGCUGCUGUGCCCGCCAUUAGGAUUGGCGGUGGCGGCGUGGACGUACUGGCAGAACGGCCGGAUCAAUGCACGAUGGGCGGCCGAGGAGCAGCGGGCCAAAGCAAACCUGUGA